AUGAAUCUAGGCAGAGAGUCCUCGAUAUCCGUCACGGUCCGUGUGCGACCAUUCACUUCUACGGAGGCCUGCCACCUCCAGGUCUACUCGGAUGAGCCUAUCUUUAUGGGCGAUGGCAGCCUGGCAAGUAGCGGCCCUCAACAAACCCAACCCCCAGCAUCUUCGCUACAAGCCUCGCUCCGAUCCGGGCCUAUCCGCAAAGUUAUUUCUGUUGUUGACGAUAAAAUGCUCAUCUUCGAUCCGCCAGAAACCCAUGCUCCAAACGGGCGCGCGGCCCCACGCUUCGGGUCUAAUACAAAGCGUGUACGUGAACACCGAUUCGUUUUUGACAGACUUUUUGACGCAGGGGCAUCGCAAGAAGAAGUCUACUCAAAUACAACUAGACCUCUGCUAGACUCGGUCCUCGAUGGCUACAAUGCUACGGUCUUUGCCUACGGAGCCACGGGCUGCGGCAAAACACACACCAUUAGCGGCACACCAAUAGAACCGGGCAUCAUAUUCCUCACCAUGAAGGAGCUUUUUGAACGCAUUGAUGAGCUCCAAGAUACAAAGCAUAUUGAACUUUCCCUUUCAUAUCUCGAAAUCUAUAAUGAAACUAUUCGAGACCUCCUUGACCCCUCGCCAAAAUCUCUCAUUCUUCGCGAGGAUGCAAACCAGCGCAUUUCUGUUUCAAACUUGAGCGUCCACAGACCAGAAAAUGUUCACCAAGUCAUGGACAUGAUUAUCCAAGGCAACCAAAAUCGAACCAUUUCACCCACAGAAGCAAACGCCACAUCAUCUCGUUCCCACGCUGUACUUCAAAUCAACGUUGUCCAGCGUGCACGUACAGCAGCUGUGUCUGAAGCACAUACGUUUGCUACUCUUUCUAUCAUUGAUCUUGCCGGUUCAGAGCGAGCAUCGGCCACUAAAAACCGUGGUGAACGCCUUAUUGAAGGUGCAAACAUCAACAAGUCACUUUUAGCCCUGGGCAACUGCAUAAAUGCGCUCUGUGAUCCUCGCCGCCGCAACCACGUUCCUUAUCGCGAUUCUAAACUUACCCGUUUACUAAAAUUUUCGCUAGGAGGCAACUGCAAAACCGUCAUGAUUGUGUGUGUCUCACCCUCCAGUAGACACUACGACGAGACCCUUAAUACCCUCAAGUAUGCUGACCGUGCGAAAAAAAUCAAAACAAAAGUUAUUCGCAACGAGCACAACCUUAAUCGCCACGUUGGCUCAUACCUUAAAAUGAUUACCGAGCAAAAGCAAGAAAUCGAGGAGCUUCGUGCUCGUGAGACACAGGUCGUUAGUAUUGCACUUGCAAACGCAGAUAAAGCCCGCGCAAAAUGUGUUGAUGCUAUUGCAGAGGCGCUUGAAGCGUUUCGCCAAACAAUAGUAAAGACUUCUAGUCAAAGACAGGCUCGCGCCUUAGCAAUGGCGCGACUGCGGGUAUUACCUGUUCAAGCAGCUCAGGCAGAGCUUAUUCUGCGCAAGUAUAGUGUUGCAGGGUCAGGAUCGGGUACGCGCGAACUAGGGGAAGCCCUUCGAAGAGUUUUAACAAAACUCGAACAAGAACGACAAGAAAUGGAGACCGUGGUCAAUAAUAAUAAUUAUAAUAAUAACAACAACAACAAUAACGAGUCGGUGUCUCCAUUAGAUAACACUAUGCAUUCUCUGCUACGGCGUCUGGAAGAUACCCGCGGGUGGACCCAAGAGUACGCUGAGAUCUUCAUCACGCAGGCAAAAGCUUUACAGCUUCAAGCGGAACUAGAGGUGCUCCAAAAUUCCAUGGCAGUCACCGAUAUAAAUGUCGAAAUCACAGAUGUAAUUGCUUCGGCUCUGUUUCGGCUUUUGGGCGAUCUCAAUUCUCUCAAUGACAUCGCCUCGCAAUCGGGCGACGAUAUCAAAAGUUUUGAGCUUGUCCGGCUAUCAGAAAAGUUUGUUGAAACAUGUCGCAAGCAAUUUACCGCGCUUGCCACAGGAACUCCUAUAUCUCCUAGCCCCUCUCGUUCGCAUUCUAUGCCAGUAAUUGCUGGUUCAGUAUCUCCAUUUAAGCCCUCAUUAGUUAGCAGCCCAUUUGGGUCAUCACAAAAACGACCAGCUUCAUCUUCCUCUCUGACGUGGGAAUCACCGUCAAAGUCCCCAGGUAAGAGCUUGCAGCGCAGGCCCUUAUCUGGAGUUCUUGCGCUAGGAAUGGGUUCAAUUGCUUCGGGGUCAGCUUCCACGGCGGCUAAGCGUCAAAGUGAUUUAGGGCAUUUAAAAUCUGGGCUCACACCACCAUCAGCAUCUUCUUCAUCUACUGCAACAAAACGGUUGAGUUUGCCUAUCGGGGCAAAGCCCCCACCAGUAUAUCAUUCCCCUGGGAUUCGUUCCUCUGCUUCAAUGAGGAACUUGUCUUCACCUCCGUCCGGCACUAGUCUUUUUGGCGGGAAUAGUACACAUGCCAAGAACCAACAGCACCUUUCGCCGUCGCUUAUUCCUGCACCACCAUCUCCAUCAUCUUCAUCUGCAUCUUUUGGUAUGAAUGGUGGUGUUCGUGCGUUGCGACGUCAAAUUGCCGCAUCCGGAGGAGUCAUUCCUUCAAGCAUGAAAAAGCACUCUGUCGUAAUUCGGUCUCCGCUACGCAAUAACCGCAAGUCAAUUAAACGCGUGCGCUGGGAAGACGCCGAUGAGGAAGAAGUGCGAUAUAAUGAAGAUUUCGAUAUGGACCAACGGGAUGAUGAUGGCAUUGAUAUUGACGAGAAAGACCCUCGUGUUCCACCAUCGUCGCUACCUAUGCCGUCGCGCAUUGGUAUUGCUGUUUCUCCAAGACCUACUUCUUGGGCAAACUCUUCACUUCCUGCUCCUGGAACUCCGUCUAAUCUUCCUCGUCACCGUCACACUUCGUCUUUAGUGGAAUCGCGGCGACAAGGCGUUGUGUUAUCAGAGAUGCGUACUCGAACCAUUAUUGAAAGUUUUAGUCCAAAAUCAAGCACGCCAUCCCGAACAAGUUAUUUAGCACGUUAUGGAGGGAUUUCUGAGAAUACGGGUGUUGUUGCACCUGUGGAUAAGUCUACGGUUAAUUCUAUGAUUUUCAAUGAUGAUGAUGGUGACGACGACGAUGAUGAUGACAAUAACGAUAAAAAUAAUGAUAGCCGACCUGUAGAUACCCACGACAUGAGCAUCGACACGCUGCCUAGCCCGCCACAGUUGCUAAGCCAUAAAACGUCGCUGGACGCCAUGGACGUGGACAGUUUCGAGCUUUCAAUGGUCAGUAACUCGGCCAAGCCUCCGGACUCAACCCCUCCUAUGUCCAAGCCCAAGAUUGUAUUUGGAGUGAAGGGAGAUUUACGGCGAAAGAGUGGUAACAUUCUUCCAACUUCGUCGACAGGCGGUCCUCCGUCAUACUUGUCUCCAACAUAUUCAUCAUCAGCCGCAGCAGCAGCAGCAACAACAACAACAACAACAGCAACAAUCCUGGAGAGUCCUGCUGUGGCAAAUAGUGGGAUGGGAAAUGGACCAGGUACACGAUCAUUUAGCGGGCCGGUGAUUCCCACGCCCACAGCAGCACGGCCCGGCGGUUCGAUGCAGGUGUCACCGAGUAAGGCACGGCACUCGCUCGGAGUACCUGUGUUUGGCAGUCCUGCGUUCAAAACAUCAAGCAGUGCCAAUGGUACAAACAUCAUCAAGUCAGAAGAUUCUGCAACCUCAGGCAUUUAA